GCUCCGCCGUCUCUAAUCCGAAAAAUCAAAUUUACCGCCGCCGCUACUCUUCCGCCGCUACUAUUCGUCAAUUACAUUAAGAGUUUGCGUGUGCUGCGGUAUUAGUACUUCAAAUUGGCAGUUUUGGCUUCAAAAAGUUUGGUUCUUUCGCAUGCUCAAUAUGCUAUGGAGACAUAAAUGGAGCUUGCUGCACUCCCCGCAAAGAAACCAAAUCCUCAAAGGGUUGCCUUUCCUCUCAAUUCGCCUCUAUUCAUCACCUGAGGUAUGUCCCCCUGCAAAAAGCCACGAAUCAUGUCGUGAAAAUCUUACCCCAGAUCAUGGCAUUUUCCAGAAAGAUAGAAUUGUUCUCACACCUCAUAUUGUGGGCUUCACAUUACUAAAUUGCCCCUCUGAUUUGAUUGCUUUGAGCUUUUUCAUGUGGUGCGCUAAGCAACACAAUUAUUUUCAUGAUUCCCAAGCAUUUGAUUGUAUGGUUUCUAUCCUUACCCGUUUAACUAAACGAUGUAAAACAGUUAGAGGCAUUGUUCAGGAACUGGAGAGUGUUGGUUGUGUUAUAAAGGCACAGACUUUCCUGCUUUUGUUAAGGGUUUAUUGGCGGGGAGGACUUUAUGCUAUGGUUUUUGAGACUUAUGAGGAAAUGGAAAGGUUUGGUUUUACACCCAACACAUUUGCACGUAAUGUGAUCAUGGAUGUUUUGUUCAGGGUUGGGCGUGUUGAUAUUGCUCUCACGGUCUUGAAGGAAACCCAGUUCCCUAAUUUCUUGACUUUUAAUAUUGCUUUGUGUAAUUUUUGCAAGCUGAAUGAUUUGUCCAAGAUAAAGAGUGUUAUCAGAAGGAUGUUGAGAGAGGGUUAUUAUCCUAACAUUGAAACAUUUCAUUUGAUUCUAAGUUCUUUCUGCAAAAUGGGCCGUAUGGCAGAGGCAUAUCAGCUGUUAGCUUUAAUUGUUACUGGGGGAAAUUCUUUGUCGGUAAAUGUUUGGAGUAUGCUGAUAGAUGGUUUUUGUCGAUUGUGUAAACCCAGCAUUGGUUAUGAUUUAAUGAAAAAGAUGCUUCUGGUCGGUUGUCCUCCUAAUGUUGUAACAUACACCACACUGAUUAAGGGUUUGUUGGCAUCCAAAAAGUUUGAUGUUGCUUUUAGCUUAUUAAAUAGCAUGGAAUCUGAUGGGUGCGCACCUGAUUUGGUUCUUUAUAAUGUACUGAUAGAUUGUUUGUCUAAGAUUGGGAGGUAUGAUGAUGCAAUUGAUGUUUUCAGAUGUAUGUCAGAAAGUAAAUUGGAACCUGAUUCUUAUACAUUUUCUUCUUUAAUAUCAAAUAUAUGUUUAUCUAGAAGGUUUUCUCUUUUACCAAAGAUAGCUAGUGGACUUGCGGUAGAAGCAGACCUAGUGCUUUGUAAUUCACUUUUAAAUUACUUUUGCAAGGCUGGGUACCCGUUACUUGCUGUGCAGUUAUAUGAUUACAUGCUUGACCAUGAUUUUAUACCAGAUAAGUACAGCUUUGUUGGGUUAAUUAGUGGACUUUGUGGAGCUGGAAGAGUUGAGGAAGCAGUUAAUGUGUACCGUGGAAUAAUCAUGUAUUGUCCUGGUAUGGAUGCUCAUGUCCAUACUGUUAUUGUUGAUGGGCUCAUAAGAGUUGGUAAAUCUCACAAAGCCAUUAGAUUGUUUAGAAGGGCCCUUACUGAGAAACAUCCUCUUGAUGGUGUUUCAUACCUAGUUGCCAUGUCUGGACUUCUCAGGGGUGGAAGGGUUACAGAAGCUUCCAGUUUGUAUAGCCAGAUGAAGGAGCUUGGGUAUUGCCCUAAUGCACAGAUGUAUAACAUGAUUAUUUCUUAUUUCUGCAAAGAAAGAGAUAUUAAGAUGGUCAGACAGUUGAUACAAGAAAUCAGUGAGGCAGGGAUUAAACUAAACAGCAAAACACUUAUUAAGGCAGCUAGACUUCUCUUCAAAUCACAUUCAACCCUUAAUAAAUUAGUUGCCAUGUGGAAUUCAGGGUUGAUGCCUGAUGGGGCAAUGAAUGAGCUGUUGGUCUCUUGCUGUUUGGAAAAGUGCAAUGCAAAUUAUUUGGAAGCCUAUUUGGAGGAUAAUCUAGUGGUGGACUCAUCCAAUAAUCUUGAUGGUGUAGCUGCUUCUGUUGGUUGAGUUGUUUUGCUGAAGAAAUUGUUUUAUAUCUAAUCGGCUAAUGUGGCUUCUGUCAAUUGCAGUCACCAUGCCAUGAUAUAUCUGGAUGCUAUGAAGACUGUCUUUGAGAACAGUUUGAUGUAGCAUAAUACUGCUCUUUCUCUUGAUGCAAUGGGAGACAUCACUUACCCUCUUCAUUAAUUUUUGAAGGUGGUAGAAAGAGGAGUGUGGAUGGAUGGUCAGAAGAUAACCUACGUACACUACAAGCCUUAUCACACAUUGGUUGGGAGACCUCUUUUAUGGCUCAAUGUCAUAAAAAUUUGGAAAGCAGAAGGGGAAGAAGUGCUUGUAGCAAAAUUCUGACAAGCUGCAUGAGGAUCUGAGCUGUUUAGACUCAAUGAAUGGGAGUUUCAGGAUCAAAUUUUCCACUACCUACGCCCUACUCAAAGUUCUGCUUCAUCGAUGUAGUAAAAUGUAAAGGCCAUGGAGUUCUUUGUCUGACUUUCUGUAUUCGCGCAAUGAAUUUGGUUUGCUUUUUUGGGAAGAGAUGCUUGAAAGUAUUUUCGCCUGAAAGUAACAACGAGAAAGUAUUUUAUGGGUUGAACUGAAUGUGCAGUCUAACUUUAGAAUUUAUUAAAAUAUUUUUAAUAAAAUGAUUUUUUAUGU